AGCGCACUACUGAUGUCAGUGAUGUGGUUUGGAACUAUUAUUUCUCAACAUGGGAUCUAUAAGUAGGACAGACGUGUGUGAGUGGUGCCAGUCUCUGUGUGUCCCUGUUCCCUUACAUAAAGUGCCUUUUGUGUCCCUCACUGGUGCUGUAGCGGUGCCAGUAUGAGGCACACAGGGAGUUGCAGAAGUGAUCAUGGGAGCAGGAGGCUACACUACAAAUCAGUCGGACUAGAGGGCACAACAAAUCAUUUGUCUGCGACUCGUUCCCGGAGCUAAAAGGCUGGAUCCAGCGCGCGACUGAGCGCAGAGCAGACGGACACCGACCAUGAGUAAUAUCACUUGCUGCAACUUUGAGGUGCGAUUUCUCUCUUACCUGCUGCCCCCGGUGCUCAUCCUGCUGUUCGUGCUGGGCUCGCUCUUUAAUGGUCUGUCUCUGUGGAUUUUCUGCUUUCACAGCAAGUCGUGGAAGCCGAGCACCGUGUGGCUCUUUAACUUGGCGCUGGCCGACUUUCUGCUGAUGGUGUGUUUGCCCUUCCGCACGGACUAUUACCUGCGUCACAAGCACUGGCGAUUUGGGGACAUGGUGUGCCGGCUGGUGCUCUUCAUGCUCUCCUCCAACCGCAGCGGCAGCAUCUUCUUCCUCACACUUGUGGCCGCUGAUCGCUACUUCAGGGUCGUCCACCCGCACCACAGACUCAACUCAAUGUCCACCCUGUGCGCAGCCGGAAUGGCCUGUGUGGUGUGGCUCAUCACUAUAGCCGGGAGCGUCUUCAUUCUGACCAAGCCCAGGGAAUUCGGCGGGGGCACAGAGGGCUCGCAGGUUUGUGAGAGUUUCGCCAUAUGCCUGGACUACUCCGAUAAGCAGCACGACCUGAUCUACCUGGUGCAGUUCUUCGUGCCGCUGCUCAUAGUCGCUUUCUGCUCUUGCAGCGUUAUCCUGCGCCUCCGCCAGCGCAACCUGGACCGACACGCCAAGAUCAAGCGAGCGGUACAGUGCAUGGUCCUUAUAGGGAUGGCAUUUUGCAUCUGUUUCCUUCCCAGCGUCUCUACCAGGAUCGAGAUGUUGCGACUACUGGGCUCUCCUCUGUGGCGCGACUGCAACAUCUACCGAAGCGCGGACACCGCCUUCUACAUCUCCGUGUGUCUGACUUACCUGAACAGCAUGUGCAACCCGCUGCUCUAUUACUUCUCCAGCCCCUCAUUCCAGACUUUCUACCGCAACAUCGCCAAGUGCCCCAGCCAAGCGCCCUCCGACUCAGAAACCAACGAGCAAGUUGCCAACACCAACCAGACUAAUGAGCAGCUGCAGCAGUAGCCGUGGACUUGGAAAGGAGGCACCAGGCUUAUUGUCUAAUCCCAAUGAGCAGCUCUGUGAGCCCAGCAUACUCCUAGAGCUCCAGCAGCCCAUUCUACACACAAGUGCAACUGAUUUAUGGCACCUUAUAGCAGCCCCUCUGGCAUUUGCCAAAACCCACAGAUUGCCAGUCCGGGCCUGCUUGGGGGUUCCUUAUGGGUAAAUAUAGAGGAAGGAGAACCUGCCACACCAGGGGGUUCAAUAUGCAGUUCUUCCCAAAGCUUAGGGGGUCUUUUAGUUACACCAGGUCUGGUCUGGGAGUCAGAAUAGGUCUUGGCAUUUCAAGUACACAGAGGCCUGAACAGCCCCCCAGCAGCCCACUAAAUACUAACUGUCUAUGACAUUUUAUAGCAAUCCCUCUGACCCACAGAUUGCCAGUCUGGGCCUGAGUUACACCACUGCUUCACUUAUAGAAUCCCCUCACUAUGUGUCAUGCACCCAAACAGCCUCAGGCCAACGCAAUAAAAAGUGCUGGUCUAUGGCAGGAGCCCUUCUAGCAUGUGCAAGAAUACAUACAUUGCCAGCCCUGGCUUUUUGGUGGGGUGAUGCAACUGUAGUUGACCAAUAGGGUUAAAACUUUUAGUUCCCCCAUGGGCAAGUUAGACACAUCCUUAUUACUAUAGAGUUUAGUUGGCCAUGCACCUGAAGAUCUGCUGGAUUGGAGAGGUCACCAAAUGAGUGGAUCUUUUCCCCUAUGGCCACCUUGAGCUGGGCUAUAUUUGGGGUGAUCCGAUCCUUUAGGCACCAAUCAGAUCAUAACAUAUGUAAAUUCAGGCUGUUUGGAGAACCCAAAAUGACAAACCAAUGCAGUCCUUGCCUUGAUGGGAAAAUCAAACCUUCCCGAUUAUGACCAGAAUCAACCAAAUAUCAGAUAUUGGGUGGGCUAGCCUGUCAGCGGGCCUAAUGUUACCAGGGGCAGAAAAAACCUGAUCCUGGUACCAUAGAUAGCCAAAUUUCCAAUUUUUAAAUCCUCUGUGCUCUCUGCACUUGCAAUGCGCCCCUCUGAUUGGAAUCAGAGUCUGUAAUAUGAAUAGGAUUUAAAAAAAUGAGUUAUAAAAAUUAGCAAUAACAAUACAUUUACAAAAAAUUUAAAUAAUUACAGUGCAUAUGUUUUUUAGUCGUAUUUAUAACAUACUAAAACAUAACGUAAAGGUGAACCACCCCUUCUGCACCAGAAUUUAAAGGCAAUGUCAACCCAAAAAACAUGUUUUUACAUUCUAAGCAACUUUGCAAUAUACAUUCAUUACAAUUUGUCUAUGGUUUUUAAGUUAUUAGUAUAUGUAUUGCUAUUGAAA